UAUGUCAAGUAACUUUAUGUAAUCGUUCUUGUCAUUUAUGUCGUUACAUUCUUCCAACUUAUUUAUCCAAGAAUACUCGCGAAUUCAUGAAAACCAAACCGGCUAUUUUUGUUUUAUUUCUGUACUUGUUUGUGUUAGUGGAAAGUACUCACAGUCAAUAUGAAACGGCCCGCAGACGAUAUUACAGAGACCUGCAGCAGUCGAUCGCCAAAAAAUCAAAACACGAAUGUAACGGUACAGCAAAGAAUAUUGUUUCUGAAAAGUCAAAACAAACAGAAAAUGGAGCUUUAGAAUCAGAAUUGAAUGAAGAAAUACGAGAAGCCAACGAAAAAUUAAGGGCUGCGAAGUCAGAACAAAAAGAUAUAGAGUGUGCCCUCGAUAACGCCCAAAAAUCACGAAAAAGUGCCCAUGAAGAACUUAAACAAGUGCAAAAGGCUAAGGAAGUGGCAGAUGAGCAUGUUAAGAACGCCCGGCAAGCCGCCGAAGCUGAAGAACGAAAUGUAAAGAAGAAAAACAAAACGUUGGACGAUUCUAAAGCAAAGCUAAAACGUUUAGAGAGCAGAAUUGAGACUGAAAAAGGAAAAAAUGAGACGCGACGAACAGGAAAUCGCAUUUGCUCCUUAAUAGGAAACGGCUUUACCACCCUCGGCAUGGUUUCCACUUUCACUUUCGGCUCGGCUGGAAUCAGGAACAAUCGUACUUUCGGGAUAGGGGUAUAGUAAAACAGUUUUUUA